AUGUCCACCUCGACAUUCUCCGUUAGCCGUUCGUACGCUCAGGGCUCCAUGGUGGGCAUCAUGGACGGAUUGAACGAAUGCCGCACAGCUCGAGUCGCAGAGAUACUGGCCGACUUUCGGACGCUGCAGUAUUAUAUCGCGAACGCACCUGCGGAGUCGGACAACGCAGAGGACUAUUACACCGAAGGCUGGGCGGCCAUGCGGCAGUGCGCCAUUGAUGGUCAUCACAUCCUCGAGUGCGCCGCCGACACGAGGGUGCCAGUCACCCAUGGCGGCGAGGAGGAGCAGACCAAGGCCGAGCUGAAGCAGGUACUACUCGAUGCCUUCUCGAGGCGACACCAGGGACAAAAAAUCUACAUGCGCCAGGGUGCAGCCCGACGAUGGAUUGAGUAUAGGGACCAAAUCCUCCAAGGCAACCGACCCUACGCUGGGGUCCAGCCGCAACUGCAGGCUUGCGAUCAGCAGCUACGCGUGGAGCUGGCCUCCAUAACAGACGAUUUUGUCUACGCCGAGCUCGCAGCCUCGGACCAGAUCCUGGGCCGCUGGACGGUGGAAGAUCCGAGCCUGAGGAGCGUUUUGCGGUGGCUGCGGGCGCGGCAGCGUUGA